CAGGCCCCACUGCUACACCCACGUAACCCCACAGCGCGCAGCGAACUGGACACACAGCUGAGAGAUGGAGGCAGGCACUGAGGGUUUUUCCCCGCGAGAGAGUGAAAGGGACCAGAACCUGGCUGAGAGUCCACUUUCCUACAGAAAGACAGUUUGCAGAGGCUUUACUUCAAAGCUCUCUUUUAACCUUUCCAAUAGCCAUUGUGCUGGCGCACUGGGUCAUUGCUCUGUUUACUGUAUAGGGUAUUUAUAGUGGCAGAUCAAGAGACUCCUGAGGCGAAUUCCACCCGGGGAAUGUUUCCGUUGUUCCCGGGGGGACGAGUCGAGCAGUCGCACACGGUGCCUGCUGCCGAAGGGAGAAGGGAGCGCUAUGCAAACCAAGAAGCACCACUGAAGCUCAAAAAACCCAGCACCGCCGCUUUCAGGGGACAUAAACGGCUACGAGCCAGAGAGGUAACCUGGCCUCCAUCAGGCAGAUCCCUGGAUGCCCCGCGGUGCCCCAUCCUCGGCCGCCCAGUGUCCCCCGAUGGCCGGCAGCUGACCCCGCCCCCCAGGAUGACGCUGCGCGAGCGGCUCAGAGAGAAGAUUUCAGCGGCCUUCUACCACCACGGGCUGCUGUGUGCCUCCUACCCAGUACCCAUCAUCCUCUUCACCUCCGCCAGCAUCCUCACUUGCUGUUAUCCAUUAUUGAGGCUGCCUUUGCCUGGAACGGGUCCUGUGGAGUUCACCACAGGAGUUCGAGACUACACUGUCCCUUCCCAUGAGCCCCAGGGAGACCUCGGAGAACGGCCCGACUGGUACCGGGGUCCUCCAGUGGCCUACAUCCAGCAGGUGUUGGUGAAGGCGGCAGUGUCUCCGUGGGACAGCAGCCUGGUGCCGGUCGACGUGUUUCGGUCGCCACUGGGCCGAGUCUUCAGCCUGCUGGAAGAGAUCCGCAACCAUGUUCACUCUGACAGCACUGGCGUUCGGAGUCUGGAGGCGCUGUGUCUCCAGGUAACAGACCUGUUGCCAGGGUUACGGCGGAUGCAGUCUGUGCUGCCCGAGCAUGGCUGCCUGCUCGUCUCACCGGGCAACUACUGGCAGAACCAGCGGGAGCUCUUCGAUUCGGAUCCCGACCCCCUCAAGACCAUCCAGAAACAUGAACCCAAAGGCCUGCACACCUCUGCCACGCUGCGAGACCUGCUGUUUGGCGUCCCUGGCAAGCAUACGGGCGUCAGUCACUACAACAGGAAGAGGGUGGUGACAUACACCAUCACUGUAGUGCUGGUCAGCUACGACACAAGGUUCCUGGGCAGCCUGCGGUCCCGUCUGAAGCAGCUCCACCCGUCGGCCAACUGCAGCCUGCGGGACGACCACAUGGUGCACGUCCACUUCAAGGAGGAGAUCGGCAUCGCUGAGCUCAUCCCCCUCGUCACCACAUACAUCAUCCUGUUUGCCUACAUCUACUUCUCCACACGUAAGAUCGACAUGGUGAAGUCGAAGUGGGGUUUGGCUCUGGCUGCGGUGGUGACGGUGCUCAGCUCUCUGCUCAUGUCCGUGGGGCUGUGCACGCUGUUCGGACUCACUCCCACGCUCAACGGAGGUGAGAUUUUCCCCUAUCUGGUGGUGGUGAUUGGCCUGGAGAACGUCCUGGUCCUCACCAAAUCAGUGGUGUCCACUCCGGUCGACCUCGAGGUCAAACUGCGCAUCGCCCAGGGCCUGAGUAAUGAGAGCUGGUCUAUCAUGAAGAACAUGGCCACUGAACUGUGCAUCAUCCUCAUUGGAUACUUCACUCUUGUGCCCGCCAUCCAGGAGUUCUGUCUGUUCGCUGUGGUGGGGCUGGUGUCUGACUUCUUCCUGCAGAUGUUUUUCUUCACCACAGUACUAUCGAUAGACAUCCGCCGCAUGGAGCUGGCUGACCUGAACCGGCGUCUGCCGGCUGAAGCAGGUCUGCCUCCCCCUAAGCCAGGCCCCCUGCGUCCCCGUGAGGCCCCCCCACCUCCGCGGCCCUCCCCCCACACCAUCACCCUGCAGACCCCGGCUUUCAGGAAUCUGAGGCUCCCUAAAAGGCUGCGGGUGGUCUACUUUCUAGCCCGCACUCGCCUGGCUCAGCGCAUCAUCAUGGUUGGCACGGUGAUUUGGAUCGGCAUCCUGGUCUACACCGACCCGGCCGGCCUCCGUACCUACCUGGCCGCACAGGUGUCUGAGCAAAGCCCGCUGGGAGAUUCUGGCGGCGGUGGCCUGCCCCCUCACCUCGGAGUGGCCCCUGUUUUCCACGCGGGAGACCCCACCAGCACCCUCAGCGUCCUCCCUGCCCCCGAGCCCACCCCCCUGCCCGAGAACCAAUCGCAGGGCCAUCACGGCUCGGCCGGGGCGGGGCCCCGUCCUCAGGUCCCGCCCGCCGUGCCCCAGAUCACCUGGGGGGCGGAGGACGAGGAGGGCUGGAGGAGGCUGUCCUUCAGGCACUGGCCGUCGCUCUUCAGCUACUACAACAUCACGUUAGCAAAGAGGUACAUCAGCAUCCUGCCUGUCAUUCCUGUCACCCUCCACCUGAGCCCACAGGAAGCCAUUGAGACACGCCACCCUCAGGACACCAGACACCCUCCCCCACCCAUCCCCAAGGUCUCCGCAGACCUGCAGACUGACCUCACCCUCUACAAGGUGGCAGCUCUGGGCCUGGCGGCGGGCGUCCUGCUGGUUCUGCUGCUCUUCUGUCUCUACCGGGUUCUUUGCCCGCGAAACUACGGGCAGAACGGCGUGGCCCAUGGGCGCCGGCGCCGGGGCGACCUGCCCUGCGACGACUACGGAUACUCACCACCUGUCAGCGAGAUCUCACCGCUGCUGCUGAGAGGCCACAGCAUGGACAUCGAGUGUUUGGCGAGUGACGGGAUGCUGCUGGCUAGCUGCUGCCUGGCGGGACAGAUCCGGGUUUGGGACGCUCAAACCGGAGACUGCCUGACGGUCAUCCCCAACCACGGGCUGAGACGGAGCAGCAGCAGUGGCUGCUGGGAGCAGCGGGACGGCUGGGACAGCGUGGGCGGAGCCACAGAGCCGGAGUGCUUAGGCUCAGACUGUCGUGAACAUUCGUUCAGCGGAGACGGCCUAUCAGAGGACGAGGGAGACCUGCUGAGACGGCGCUCUGUGCCCGCCCGCCCCACGCUGUUCACCGACCAGCCCGACCUCACGCCGCUCAUCGACACAAACUUCACCUGCCAGCCGCCCUCGCACCUCGCCACCCCGCCCAGAGGAGGUUUCGACUUCGGCGGCCUGGUGGAGCGCGCCUACCUGGAGCAUGAGUCCCCGUCGCCCUCCACCUACCCCUCCCCCUCCUCAGCUGCCUCCUCCUCGCCGCCCUCAGCAGCUCAUCUCCAGAGGAGGCGGAGCCUGGGGGACGCCCCGACCCUCCCGGCCCAGGACAGGGCCUCCACAGCGGGGACACAGGCGACGGCGGACUGGGACAGCUCCGUCUGGGCCAUGGAGCUGAGGGGGAAUCUGAUCGCUGCUGGCAGGAGCAGCGGGAAGCUGGAGCUUUGGGACGCAGUGGAAGGCUCGUUACGCUGCAGCAACGAAGACGGUGUCUCGGGGAUCACAGCUCUGGCCUUCCUCAACAAUAGAAUCGUAGCGGCUCGGCUGAACGGGUCUUUAGAUUUCUUCACUGUAGAAAUCAACAAACCUCUGGGCCUGCUGCAGUACAGAGGAGCGCCCGGGCGUGGCAGCAUGCCCCCCUCCCCCUGCUACAGCAGCGAGGAUGUGAUCAGCUGCCAGCUCACCCGCUCGGUGCAGUGCGCCCACCAGAAGCCAAUCACGGUCCUGCGAGCGGCGGCCGGCAGGGUGGUGACGGGCAGCCAGGACCACACCGUCAGGGUUUACCGUCUGGAGGACUCGUGUUGCCUCUUCACCCUGCAGGGUCACUCUGGGGGAAUAACAGCCAUCUACAUCGACCAGACCAUGGUUCUGGCCAGUGGCGGGCAGGACGGCGCCAUCUGCCUGUGGGACGUCCUGACAGGGAGUCGGGUCAGCCAUGUCUACGGUCACCGUGGCGACGUCACCUCGCUGGUCUGCACCACAUCCUGUGUCAUCAGCUCAGGACUAGAUGACCUCAUCUGUAUCUGGGACCGCAGCACCGGCAUCAAGCUCUACUCCAUACAGCAGGAGGUGGGCUGCGGCGCCAGCCUCGGGGUGAUCUCCGAGUCGCUCCUGGUGACGGGCGGUCAGGGCUGCGUCUCCUUCUGGGACCUGAACUUUGGCGACCUGCUGCAGACGGUCUACCUGGGCCAGAGCAGCGACGGCCAGGGCGUCCGGCAGCUGCUGGUGCUCGACAACGCCGCCAUCGUCUGCGACUUUGGCAGCGAGCUCAGCCUGGUCUACGUGCCCUCGGUGCUGGAGAAACUGGACUGAGGCGGGAGACCGCCGACCGUGACCGCCGAAGUCGGCACGAGCACCGACAGGGAGGAAAAACAAGCAGGAGGAAACAGAAAACAGAAAACAUGCACUUGGAGCUUCUCUUUGGUCUCCAUCCGUUCCACAGUCGGACAGUCUGUAUUUUUUUAUUUGUUUGUUUGUGACACACAAAGACGUGAUCGUUAGGCCUUUUUCCAUAGCAGUGAGAUUUUGUUUUCAUUAAAUAAAAAAAAGUGCAAGCUUUGGUGACAGAAAACGAGGAGCACUGACAUUUCUGUGAAGGUCACGAGGCUGGACGGUACACGCCCAAAGAUGACGAUAUCAACCUGUUGCCAGCUUGUGCUUCUUUUUUUUUCUUCUUUUUUUUUUUUUUAAAUAAAUGUUGUGGCUCUGCCCUCUAUGCUGCUGAUGUGGGUCGGGCUUCAUGAUGACCCCCCCCCCCCACCCGGAGAGGAAGAAGAAACCGUCUCCUUAUUUUUUUAAUAUUCCUUGCUGCCUGGUUCGCUUAGCAGCCACGGCAAGCUCAAGACGUCUGCGGCCCGUUUGGCUAAGCUAAGCAGUUAUAUUAUACGUGUGUGUGUGUGUGUGUGUGUGUGUGUGUGUGUGUGUGUGUUGGGGAUAGAGCGAAUGUGUCUAGGGACUUUCCUUCUUCCUGGUAAAAAAAAAAAACUGCUGAGAACAAAAAUCAGUGAAUUUGCUUUGAAUGAAUUUGUGUGUGUGUGUGUGUGUGUGUGU